AUGUCUACAAUGAAUCUUUUAUUACGUUCUAAUAAUCAACCAUAUUUAAUUGCAUUAAUAGAUUCUAUAUCAAUUUAUUUUGAUACAAUACAAAAUCCUAUUGAAUUAACAUAUCAAUUUUCAUCAGAUGAUACACGUGAUUUAUUACAUUUUAUAAUAUUUAUAUCGAAAAUCAUUUAUAUAAAUAUAUUUCAAAAAAUUCUUCUCUUAGUUGAAAAAACUAUAUUAUCUAUAUUUGAAUAUCUUUAUCAACGGCAUGGUUUAAUUCUAUCAAAUAAACAAAGAAAAAUCUAUUAUUACAAUCAUAUUUAA